AUGGUUUCGUUCACUCUCCUAUGACUGCACGAUUUUUCUCGAAAUACGAAAUCUGCGAUUCCUACUGCUGUUCAAGUGCGAGUUUUAAUAAAUUUACUGUGUGUGAUAGUGAAUUAAUACCGCGAUUAACUUUAACUGAAGCUUCUGAGUAAACUUGCUUGCUCUGAGCACCUGUGUAUCAACAUUGACUUAUUGGUUGCGUCAAGAUCUUGUGAAGAACCAUGGCUAAAUGGGGAGAAGGUGAUCCUCGGUGGAUCGUGGAAGAGCGUCCGGACGCUACCAACGUGAACAACUGGCACUGGACCGAGAAAAACGCCGGUCCGUGGUCUAAGGACCGUAUCAAGGAGUUGUUGAACAAUUUAAAAAUAGCACAGAACGGCAUUGAUUGUAAGGUUACUGAGGUGGAGAAGUUGGAUGGAGAGGCAUCAGCGAACAACAGGAAAGGGAAGCUAAUAUUUUUCUAUGAAUGGGACAUCAAAUUGAAGUGGGAAGGUACAUUGGCUGGAGGCAAGGAUAAAGUUAAAGGCGAGGUCCAUAUCCCGAAUUUGUCCGAGGAGAAUGACAUCAGUGAAGUUGAUAUGACAGUCACAAUAAAAACUAGCGGUGAAGAGGCCCAGAGGUUGAAAGCAUUCAUGCAUAGUGUAGGAAAGAAUGAAAUCAGAAAACAAUUGAAGGAAUAUGUACGGAGUCUCAAAGAGGAGUUCUCGAAAGGCCUAAUUCUCCCCAAAAAAGGGGAAGCUCCAGUCAAACCAGACAACGUCUCCACAAUAACAAGUGGCUUUAAUAAGAAAAUCAGCAUGGAGCCAGUGCUAGCACAGAAAACGAAUCAGCAGAUUGGAUGUAAAUUAGAUACAAAAUCAAUUGAGCUGUCUGAAAAGUUCCAGUGUCGUGCCCAAGAGUUUUACGAUGCAAUGACCAGAAUAGAAAUGGUCACGGCCUUUACACAGGGACACGUGAAAAUGGAAGCAGAAAAAGGUGGCAAGUUCGUCCUGUUCGGUGGCAACAUCUCCGGAGAGUUCCGAGAGCUGGUUCCCGGCAAGAAGAUCUCACAGUACUGGAGAUACAAGCAGUGGCCCGACCAGCACUUCUCGGAAGUUACGUUCAAUAUUGAGGAGAAGGACGACCAUACCCUGGUGACGCUGCGCCAAGAACUGGUGCCUGCAUCGGAAGUGGAUACGACGCGCGACAACUGGCGGCGGUACUAUUUUGACAGCAUCAAGCGUGCGUUCGGCUUUGGCGCCUUCCUGUGAUCCGCGCCCGCGCCGCUUUUAGACGAAUUAGGUUCAAUUUUACAUGUACUAAGAAGAGUUAUGACUAGCCAAAUGCAUUCAGCAGUUUGUUUUUGUACAUUUUGUAAUGCAUCUGUGAUUUUGUAUACUAGUACCAAUGCACUACUGUUUGUAUGCCUUCGAAUACUACAUGCUAUAGCACUGUUGUCAUACAGCUUAAUAAUUGUUAAACAUAUAGCUCGUUUAUGUACUGUCAGUAAAUAUGAACAUCUAUUCACUGUUUUGUUAUGUACGACAGUUAGGUGGGGCUGUAUUGUAAAUCGAUUGCUUCGGUUUGAAGUACUAAUCAAUUUGUGGAAUAAUAAAUUACUUUUGCUUCUUUUUGUAAGUAGCUGACGUAUUGAUUGCGGAGCGAUUUAAUAAAUAAUGUUAGAUAUUUA